UUUCAGAUGGAGCAGAGCAAAAAGUAUGGGAAAAUCUUCAAAUCCCGUUUUGGGCCUCAACUGGUGGUCUCCAUUGCUUGUCGCGAUCUGGUGGCGGAGGUGCUGAGGGCAGAAGGUGUGGCUCCACAGAGAGCCAACAUGGAGUCAUGGAAAGAGUACAGAGACAUGAGAGGACGUUCAACAGGCCUCAUCUCUGCGGAGGGAGAGGAUUGGCUGAAAAUGCGAAGUGUUCUAAGGCAGCUCAUCAUGCGCCCCCGCGAUGUAGCAGUCUUCUCCGAUGAUAUUAACAAGGUGGUAGACGACCUGAUAAAGAGAGUUUGCAUUGUACGCAGCCAGGGGGUGGACGGAGCAACUGUGGUUAAUGUGAAUGACCUCUUUUUCAAAUAUGCCAUGGAAGGUAUAGCAGCCAUUUUGUAUGAGAAUCGUUUAGGUUGUCUGGAAAAUGAGAUUCCCCAGGAAACACAAAACUACAUCAGUGCACUGCACCUCAUGUUCAGUUCCUUCAAGACCACCAUGUACGCUGGGGCCAUCCCCAAGUGGCUGAGGCCUAUCAUCCCUAAACCUUGGGAGGAGUUCUGCUUCUCCUGGGAUGGCCUCUUCAAAUUCAGCGUUAUUCACAUUGAUAAGAGGCUCAGUGAGAUCAAGGCCCAGCUUGAGCAGGGAGAGGAGGUGAAGGGGGGACUGCUCACACACAUGCUCGUCACCAAGGAGAUGAGUAUGGAGGAAAUCUACGCCAAUGCAACAGAGAUGUUACUUGCUGGGGUCGACACGACAUCCUUCACCCUGUCUUGGGCCAGCUACCUGUUAGCACGGCACCCUCAAAUCCAAGAGCAAAUCUAUACAGAGGUGGUAAGGACUUUGGGACCCCGAACUGUUGCCGUGGCCGAAGACAUACCUCGCCUGCCUCUAAUCAGAGGGCUGGUCAAAGAGACUCUCAGGCUUUUUCCAGUUCUCCCAGGCAAUGGACGGAUUACCCAGGAUGACUUGGUGGUGGGCGGAUAUUACAUCCCCAAAGGGACUCAGUUGGCUCUGUGCCACUAUUCCACUUCUUUGGACGAGGAUAACUUUCCUGAUGCUUUAGACUUCAGACCAGAUCGCUGGAUAAGGAAAGAUUCCUCAAGCCGUGUCGACAACUUUGGCUCCAUUCCCUUUGGCUACGGUAUCAGGAGCUGCAUUGGCAAGAGAAUAGCUGAGUUAGAAAUGCAUCUAGUUCUGACAAGGCUCAUCCAAAAGUUUCACAUUGGCACGUCUCCUCUCACUGCUGAUGUGAAGGCCAAAACCCAUGGUCUUCUCUGUCCUGCAAACCCUAUUCACCUGCAGUUCAUUGACAGAGACAAUUAG